UCGUAGCAUCCUACGAACUGUUACAACUCCGACGAUUGUGCGCCACUUCUGGUUGUCCGUUUUUCUUAGCUCCCCACUCGACGAUCGAGCCUAAGUCGAUCGAGCGUUUAUUUAUUCCGCGGAUUAUCGCGGAACCUGGAUUAUCACUUUGAACUCGGAAAUCAGUUCGCGUCUUUUUCGUAAGUGAUUUUGGGGAUUCUUCGAAAUGAGGAACUCUGGAAAAUGGGCCAACCUGGCCAUCGCUAUCGUCGCUACGGCCCUCCUCGUGCCUAGCUGCAUCGCUGAACCACCAACAAGCUACUUGCCACCGUCGACAAGCUACGGAACUCCAAAUCUCGGUGGAGGUGGCGGCGGUUUCGGAGGCGGUGGCGGUGGUUUCGGAGGCGGCGGAUUCGGCGGUGGCGCCCCCUCGUCGAGUUACGGAGCCCCCUCUUCCGGAGGCGGCGGGCGACCCUCCUCGAGUUAUGGCGCGCCAAGCUUUGGAGGUGGAAGCGGUGGUUUCGGAGGCGGAGCCCCCUCUUCGAGUUACGGAGCGCCAUCAUCCGGAGGCGGUGGCGGCGGAUUUGGCGGUGGAUUCGGUGGUGGCCGUCCAUCCUCGAGUUACGGAGCACCGUCUUCCGGUGGAGGUGGUGGACGUCCUUCGUCGAGUUACGGCGCCCCGUCUUUCGGUGGAAACGGAGGAUUUGGAGGUGGAGCGCCCUCGUCGAGCUACGGAGCGCCUUCUUCCGGAGGUGGUGGCGGCGGGCGUCCAUCCUCGAGCUACGGAGCGCCUUCGUCCGGAGGCGGCGGCGGUGGAUUCGGUGGCGGCGGAUUCGGCGGCGGCGCACCCUCCUCGAGUUACGGAGCACCGUCUUCCGGAGGAUUCGGUGGUGGACGACCUUCGUCUAGCUACGGAGCACCUUCUUCCGGAGGUGGUGGCGGCCGACCAUCCUCGAGCUACGGAGCGCCUUCGUCCGGUGGUAGCUUCGGCGGAAGUGGCGGAUUCGGCGGUGGACGACCCUCCUCUACCUACGGAGCUCCAUCUUCCGGAGGAGGCGGCGGUGGCGGAUACAGCGGCGGCAGUCCUUCGUCCACUUACGGAGCGCCAUCUUCCGGAGGCGGCGGUGGCGGAUUUGGCGGCGGUGGCUACAGCGGAGGCAGCUCCGGUGGAUAUUCAGGCGGCGGCUCCGGUGGAUAUUCGGGCGGCAGCUCCGGUGGAUAUUCGGGCGGUAGCUCCGGUGGAUACUCGGGCGGUAGCUCCGGUGGAUAUUCGGGCGGUAGCUCCGGUGGAUAUUCCGGUGGCAGUUCGGGCGGAUAUUCCGGUGGUAGCUCGGGUGGAUACUCCGGCGGUGGCAGCAGCGGCGGUGGACAGGGCUAUGCUAGCAACGGUGGCUAUCAGUACUAAGCAACAAAACAAAAUUAAAAUACCGGAGAAAAGUCAAAAUGGCGCUCGCAAAGUCUCGCGAAAAAGUAUGAACCUCUUGAUGCGAGGACGAGAAAAGAUACAAAGUUGAACUAAUUAUUCGAGUAUGAUCGGUGUGUUCGGUGCUGCAUUAAUCUCAGCGUUAAACGCGAGCAAAAAUAUGCCUCGUGGAGACAAAGAAAUCAAGCUGUGUGAACACUUUUCGCGAGGAAAGAGCGAACUGCCAUGAAAUUGAAAAUAACAAUGACGAACUAAAUUGUAUCAAUAUGCUACCUGUAGAACACGCAAAUGAAUCGCCCAAACGAAAUUUUUGUACAGUUAGCGGGCUUUUUACCUGCUUUAUUCGCUUGGAAUGUGAACUAAUCAAUGCCCCGAGGGUUCGAUAAAUUCGUCGAUAUUUCAUGAUUAGAGUGACAAUUUUACAUUCGCUGAAAGAAAAAAAAAAAAAUAAAAUAAAAAAUACACGAAAAAGGAAUGAAAACCUCAAGGGCAGCGAGCGAAUUUUCAUCUCGAUUCGACAUCACCGCGUGCGCUUAUCCACCCGCAGAAAGGGCCUGUAUUAUUCUUAUUUAUUUUGUAAAGACACGCUUUUUGUAUUAAUAAAGCCGCUACAAGCUGGAA